GGCGGCGCGGCGGCGCCGUGCGCAUGUGCGGGGCCCAUGGCGAGACAAGGGGCCGAAGGCGCGCAGGGCCCGAGGCCGAGAGGGCUCUGAAGGCCGUGAGGCUGCUCCGCUCCCGCCCCGCUGAUGCCCGAGGGAGCCGAGCCAUGAAGGGGCAGCAAAAAGCAGCCGAGACCGAGGAGGGGACGGUGCAGAUCCAGGAAGGCUCGGUGGCCACGGGCGAGGACCCCACGAGCGUGGCCAUCGCCAGCAUCCAAUCGGCCGCCACCUUCCCCGACCCCGGCGUCAAGUAUGUGUUCAGGACCGAGGGCGGCGGCACGCAGGUGAUGUACCGGGUGAUCCAGGUGGCUGACGGGCAGCUGGACGCGCAGACCGAGGGCACCAGCGCCAUCAGCGGCUACCCGGCCACACAGUCCAUGACACAGGCGGUGAUCCAGGGCGCGUUCACGAGCGAGGACGCGGUGGAGACGGAGGCGGCUCCCACCGAGACUCACUACACCUACUUCCCCGCCGCGGGCGUGGCCGACGGCGCCGCCGCCACCGCCGCCACCGCCGCCACCGCCGUGGUCACCACGCAGAGCUCCGAGGCGCUGCUGGGCCAGCCCACGCCCACAGGGCAGUUUUUCGUGAUGAUGUCACCACAGGAGGUGCUCCCGGGGGGGGCCCAGCGCUCCAUCGCCCCCCGCGCACACCCCUACUCCCCGAAGUCGGAGGCUCCCCGAGCCACGCGGGACGAGAAGCGCCGGGCACAGCACAACGAAGUGGAGCGCCGGCGCCGGGACAAGAUCAACAACUGGAUCGUGCAGCUGUCCAAGAUCAUCCCCGACUGCUCCAUGGAGAACACCAAAUCCGGACAGAGCAAGGGCGGGAUCCUGUCCAAGGCCUGCGACUACAUCCAGGAGCUGCGGCAGAGCAACCUGCGCCUGAGCGAGGAGCUGCAGGGCCUGGACCAGCUGCAGAUGGACAACGAGGUGCUGCGGCAGCAGGUGGAGGAGCUGAAGAACAAGAACCUGCUGCUGCGGGCGCAGCUGCGCCAGCACGGGCUGGAGAUCGUCAUCAAGAACGACACCCACUGACCCCCAAAACCCCAAACGCACCCCAAAACCCACCCCCCGCACCCCAAACCCCCCCCCCGGGACCCCAAAACCCACCCCGGGACCCCAAAAUCCACCCCCCGCACCCCAAAACCCACCCCGGGACCCCAAAACCCACCCCGGGACCCCAAAAUCCACCCCCCGCACCCCAAACCCCCCCCGGGACCCCAAAACCGCCCCGGGACCCCAAAAACUCCCA